AUGGAGUACAACGGCGUGAAGCUUCCGAUGCCUCAGCUGCGGCUCCCGGCCGACUACGUGUACAACCCCCUCUACUUCGUGCCCAAUUCAAACGCCAUCUCCAAGGGCGGCGUUGGCGAGGACGAUGCUGUGGAGCCGCUACAGCGUUUAUCGCACGCCGUGUUGCCCGCCACCACCUACCUGCACCGUCCACUGCAUUUUUCACCGUCGUCGUCAAACGCAACGCCGGUGCGCAGUCAGGGUAACCGGUCUCUCAGCAGGGAGAGCAGACUCGCCCGCAGAUCGGGCGACUCAUCCCCUGCGACAGCUUCCGCGCCACGACAGAGACGCUCGUCGUCGAUGGCAGCUGCACACGCGGCGCGGCGGAGACGCGGUCAUGCGCUGACGCAGGAGGUGGCCGCGUGGCAGCGCCGCUCCGGUGUAGACUGCACGGAUGAGUUGUCAGUGACGGCACCGUCGCAGGAGGUUACUGUGGAUGCAACGCAUACCAAUCUUAGCACCUCCGUACUUCGACCUACCCGUGCCACUCAGCUGCACGACGACUACGUUCUCCACUACAUUGAGGAGCGCGACGAGGCAGCGCAGAACAUCUUCUUUCGCCGGAAAGGGUGGCCACGGCCAGGGGCUGCGCUGGACAGCCCAUAUAGACAGCACCGCAUUUCUUCUGCUUCCCCGUUACGGAACGGUUUCCUCACGCCAACGCGCACGGAAAACAGCAGUGCGGCUUCCUUGCCAACGCCGCGAUUCACCAAAGCCGCUCAACUCCGGCAACAGUCUGCGGUUCAGCUAUUGGAGAAACUGGAGAGGUGUGAGUUGGAGAAAGCAGCGGAGGAGACCUUGGCGCAGGCAGUCGCCGAGGCAAGCUCCCGUCGGGCAUUGAUGCGACUGAGGACUGGCGCUCAUUCGAACUCAUCCUCCCAGCUCCUCGCAGUGCAGCGCAGCGGCGGUCCGCGCGAUGCGAGUGCUGCGUUGCCUUUCAACGGUACGGACCCAUCCCAUCAUAUACCGCGCCGGCACCACACCUCAUGCACCGGAUCAUCCGGUGACGCUAUCAAUGGUGAGGGCCAUCGGCUAAAGGCGACGACGAGGGGUGCUUCCACGCAUUCUGCGCCAAGAGAGGAGUGGCGGUCUGCCGCCUCGACCUCCUUUGAUGAGAGAGGGAAAACGCUGAACAGGCAGCCGUUCGUCGCCGAAGCGACACACGCGUCAUCCAAAGGUCUCGUGCCGGAUGCCCCGGGGCUGGUGCCAUGCUCGAAGCACCGCUCUCGCAAAGCAAGCAAGGAAACACUCAAGGCUCCCCAUGGAGAGCUGAGUGCUGCGAAAUCCACUGAGGCGAUGGCGGUGCUACCUACGCUUGCCGCACGUAACGGCGGCGAGCGCGUGCCGUCUCGCCACCAUCGUCGCCAGCGCUGCUCAUACGCUGUCGAGCGCGAUGCUGGCGGCGUUUCGCCUGUGGCUGUCCGUGACGUGCGCGGCACCGCCCACCCCACUCCGUCGACAGCCGCUGUGCCCCGGGAGCGUGAGCAGCGUGGCAUCGGUAACCCACCGGCUGUCCGGGGCACAGAGAUGACUUCAAAUGGGGAUGCUCCACUGGCACAGCGUGUGACCUCGUCAAAGUCACCGCAUCGGCGGGACGGUGACGACGCCUCGUCUUCCUCCGUGUCGUCCAUCAUCUUCACGGUGCUAUCUGGCCCUCGAGAGGGCAUCGCAGAGGCACACCCGCCGGAGGCUCGGCACGACUGGCAGCAGGUCACCGCUCAGGGAAGUCGGAUGCGGGAAGGCGGUGACGACGCAGAUGACAGCUCACUGGAGUUUCAAAGCACUGGUGGAAGCGACUGGGAGCAUUCAGCGAGUCUCUUGACAUGUUCCGCGCCUGCGGCUGCUCUGCCGCCGUCUGCCGUCCGAAGCGCGGAGUGGUCUCCUGUCACGUCACCAGAUCUCUCCCGCGUUCCUUCGCCAACGCACGCGAGUGCAUCCGUCACGAGCGACGAGGCGCACAUUUCCCUUGCCACCGCCGCCGCUCCUCACAAACAAAAGACGAAGACUUCUUGUGCCGAGAAGGUGUUCGAGAGGGCACCGCACACCGUUGGAGCGAAUGCAUCUCCAGCACCGCGACGGCCUCUGGGGCAAGUGCUGCAGGACACACGUGAAGAGCCUUCAGCGCGUUCAAGUGCAAGAAACCUUGAACGAGGUGGAGCUUGCCUGCCGCCAGUGGAUGCUUACCCGGCCACGGCUCACGCGCCUCAGACACCUUGUACCGAACGCUCGAGUGACGUGAGUCUGAGAUCGGUUUCUCAAGACUCCUACCAUGCAGGUAACUCUAUCUCUAGCAGGUCAGGCGAGGUCGAGGCGCAACCUCCGAGUCGGAGCGAGUCGACAGACCGGAGUGCGCAGUUUGCUGCAACUCCGCUUCAGCAGCCCGUGCGGAACGAGGUGGCAGAGGGGGAUUUGGAGAAGGCCCCGAACGACGCGGAGGAGGAGCGGCACGAGGGCUCCGCCUUGUCGAUGCAGUCGUCAUUUGCGUCGAUCGCCUCCUACCACACGGAGGUGCACGUAGGCGUGCUUGAAGUAGCAAAUGGCGCCGCAGAUGAACCUCUUGAAGUGGCCACAUCACAGACGGAGCUGCUACCCUACUACCGCACCGCAAAGCCCUCGUCUGCAACUGUCGAGUCGCGCCUUCACCGCCGCGACGAGCAUGACUGGAGCCUCAAAUCGAACGCACACACCUCCUCUCACGGGGACGAUGCCAUCAGAGCUGGCGAUGGCAAGCAGGCGCUGCGUGGGCACGCCCUCGCUGUUCCCUCAUCGUCUUCUUGGCUGCUGAGCGCUUCGGAAGGCAUCGGCUCUGCACUGUGCGAGUUCGUCCCCUCUCCGGCAAGCGGUGAAAGCGAUGCCCGCAGCAGUGUGGCGACCGACGCAUACACGGCGGGUGGCCGUGGCAGCUGCCGCGUGCUUCCUACAUGUGGUCUUCCACUGCCGCCCACAAACUGCACACACGUGGCAGCCGCAAGGGAGGCGCGUCAGCGGGCAGUUGUCGAGGCUGGCCACAUCUCAGACAGCCGAACGCGUCAACUCACAGCAGCUGACGUGGGCGAAAAGCCACCGUAUCCGCCGCGAGUAGAGGGGCCGGUGGGGAAGGAGCCGCUAGAUUCGUCGGACCAGCCUAGCAUGCAGGAAAGCGGUCCCUGCACUUCCGCACCACCGUCGGCAGCAGGGGCACCAAGCGCUGCGGUGGUAGCAUCUGCGGAGAACGGCACGAGAGGCGAUGUCCGACCUGAGGUGGUAGUCGACAGGGCGGCGGCACUCGCCCAUGGAAAGACCACAGAUGGUGCGCCAGGUGCCGCUGUGCCUUUAGACGCCGUAGCCGUGCUUUGCACCGAUCGAAAAGGGGAUGUGGACCGUCCUUCUGCGAAGGAGGGUGGGUAUCGGCGUGACCGUAAUGAAUCGCUCGCAACGGUGACAGUAGUGGCAGCACGUGAAACAUCAUCGUCGUCUUUGGUGGGUGCGGAACAACCGGCAGCGAUAAAGAAUGCGUUGACGGUAUCGUUGCCGGUGAAAGACGCACCUUCCUCACGCGCCGUGUUUUCCCAUUCAAGCCGCUUCGCCAUAGGCAGAGAAGACAGGCCGGCUGAGAAGGCGAUGGGAGGCCUGACUUGUGACGUCGACAGUGUACCUCCUCAAAGCCACGCGAAGUCGAUCCGUUCGGUGCAGGAGACCGGCGAUUCCUUCUCAGAUGACACCGCAGGUUCACGAACUGUCGUUCUCGCCUCCCUGCCUCACUCAUUGACUGACACACAUGCAGAUGCGGCUGUGGCGAAGGCAAAGGGCCAACAGAGUGCUGUGGAGCUGCGUGACGGGGCGGAGGCUGCACCGGCGCCGUGCAUUGCUAAGAUUCGGUCAGUCACAUCUUCCGUGCGGACGAGUGCGCAGCCGGCGGAGGUGAGCGCUAUUCCACUCAACGCGGCGGCGGUGCAGCCUGAAGACGCGACUUUGCACCGAUCUCGCUCCGCCUCGGCAGAGGUCAGCGGUGCAAAUCGUGCUGACCACAUGGCGGCUGUGGGCAUGAACACUCCUCUCCCGUUAUCGACAUGGCCGCGCACAGCUGAGCUCGCCUUCUCCACGGCCUCCACUCUGGCCACCGAUCACGGCUCCUUUUCUCUGCACUUCACGGAGGCGGAGCAGUCGCCCCGGGAGCGAUCGGUGUAUGCGCGGCAAGCUGCAUCGCUCAGCAACGGCGGAGGCGAAGAGCUGGGCGAGGGUGUGCCGCACAGCCACGCGCCAACGCCGCUGCAGUUUCGCCCCCCGCGGCAGAGGAGGCAGGCGACACCGCCGUACGAAGGGGUGGAGCUGGCAGGUACCUCUGCAGCCGAGGAGCGCAAGAGCGACGCGCCGCUUGCUUCUGCGUUUUCCCGCUCCGACACGUCGACGCGGUGUCUGUGUGCUGCCUCGACCGAGCUCCAAACGGACCUGCACGUGCGGGAGCACACGAACGAGAGAGCGGCGGCGACUAGCGCGGUGCCUUUUGGAGCCUCCAUUAACGGUAUCUCUUCGGAAAGAGUACAGAGCAAGCGGGAGGGAGGCAGGCGGGCGGCCGCGGAGGACAGCGUCGCUCUUGACAGGUCCGCCCCACCCAGUGCGGGCAUGACCUUGGAGCAGGCAGCAGUGUCGGCUGAGUAUUCUCAUGAGUCCCCUGCGCGCCUGCUUUCUUCAUCGACAUCGAGCAGCACACACUUUCUGGCUCGCAGCCCCUCUUCAUCUCCGUCACAGUCCAGCAGCUUCUCCACAACUCCGACGGCGACGAGUCCAUUUCUGCCCAACUCGCUGGGGCGGCUCGAUUUACCUGAGCAAGGUGAUGGCGGGAAGGUGGAUUUCAAGUUGAGGGCCGAAGAUGACUGCAGUGGGUUAGUGGCCGGCAACGCGGCUGAUGCUAACCGAAGCACUUUCUCGUGCAGCACGUCAUGCGAUUCACCGGAGCAUGCUGCACCAGUGCAGCUCACCGAGCCGGCCUCUACCGACGCCGCGGUGAUCACGACGCCGUUUCGACCAAGCUCUCCUGUUCCCGGCAGCGACUUCAACACGCCGUGCUCGCAGAUAUCCGAGCACAUCACGUGGAGUACCGGCACAUGGGCCGAUCGGGAGCAUGUCAGCACUUCACCCGAUCAUGCGGAGGCGGGUGCGGCCGAGAGCGACUUGGGGGUUCUCCGCAAGGGGGCGUGUUCUGCCCCGUCAGUGCCCCUCAUGCGGGUGAGGUACUUGAAUCAAGACAUGUGA